AGAUUUCAGCCUGGAGUAGUGAAUAAUGCGUGACGGCGUCUCCGGCCGCUUCCUACGCUCCCGACGCCCUUGGGGCAGCCCCAAGUUUCGCAUGCUGUAUUUAUCGUCUUCCCAGCCUGAGGUAUCUUCCCGUCAAUGGGUUAGAAGGUGAAGCGCUACCCGGAGCGGCCGCUGCAUCCCUUUUCCGCGGCUUCUUCCUGGAAGCAUGGGGGCCGGAGCGCUGACUAUCUGUCACAACAGGGCGGCCGUGCAGAUCAGGGAGGAUGUGAAGAAGAUGGUGCAGCUGCCCAUGUUGAAGCAGAGGCCCCCCGGCGCAGGGAGAAGGCUGUUCAGCGUGCCCUUGCCAGAACUCGGAGAGCUGGGCCUGGGGGCUGCCGGCGUGCCCCUGGUCCUCAGCAGCAUGGUGGAGUUCCUCCGAGAGCACGCUCUGGAGCAGGAGGGUCUGUUCCGGGUCAAUGGGAAUGUGCGGAUGGUGGAGCGCCUCCGGCAGCGGCUGGAGAGCGGGGAGGAGGUGGACCUCCUCCAGGAGGCAGACGUGUGCACGGUGGCCAGCCUGCUGAAGCAGUUCCUGAGGGAGCUGCCAGGGGGCGUCGUCACCUGCAGCGUCCAGGAGGAGCUCCUGCAGCUGUACCAGGAGUGCGGCGAGGAGCAGUUUGGCCACGCCCUCCGACUUCGCCUCCGCCAGCUGCCCGGGGUCCACUACGGCCUGCUGAAGUACCUGUGCCACUUCCUGUCCCAGGUGGCCGAGCGCCAUGAGCAGAACCGCAUGACGGCCCUCAACCUGGCCACCGUGUUCGGGCCCAACGUCUUCCACGUCCCUCCAGGCUUCGACGGAAUGAAGGACCAGACCGUCUGCAACAAAGUCAUGGCCCUUCUGAUCCGGGACCAGCAGAACAUCUUUGAGGGUGACGCCGUGAACCCCGGAGCCCCCGCCGGAGGGCUUCCUGCAGUCCUCGAGGUUAAGCCCCUCCCCCAGGAGGCCGCGGAAAGCCCGCUUCCAGAGGAUGUCCUGCCCGGCCAGCCCGCUAAGGACGUGCCGACCCCGGUCCCUCGGACGAAGGGUGUGCAGAGCAGUGUGUCAGACAGCGAUUCGCCAAGAGGGCUGGCUGGCGAAAGCAGCACGUCUCCCCUGAGGAAGCGGGAGGUGAAGAAGAUGAGCAGCGACGGGAGUUCCCGGACCGUGCCCCAGCCAGACCUCUCAAGUGGUCUCCCACAGAUCCGCCCUCUGCCCCCCGUCCGGACCCGGGACAUGGAGCUGUCGAGCAGCGAUGUCAUCGGCAGGAGUACGGACUCUUUUAGCAGUUUCCAUGAAGAUGAGAGGCCCAUGUCUCCCUUCUACGUGAGCUCUCUGCUGUCAUCUGCCCACUGCCAGGCUCAGUCUGCAGACAGGAUUCUUGAGAGGACCAUCCACUCUGUGGUUGAGCAUCACCUCUUCAACGUCUGUGCCAAUGGUGAGCGAGGCUCGGAGGACCCGCAGCGGCAUGCGACGGCCAGGCAGAGGCGCCGGUGCCUGCAGGAGCGUGACGAGGGGCAGAGAAGCAUGAGCACAGACGACAUCGACAAAGAGAACGUUCCAGAGGAGGGGGGAAGCCACAAGGGUGAACCCGGGGGCCGGGAUGGGCGUGGAGUGAGGAAGAGGGAGGUCAAGAAAAGCCCCCUGCUGGCCGAAGUCAUGGACAACCGGGAACCUCUCCCUGAAACAGGAGGCUUAAAUGUGUCACCGGUGCAAGACCAAACAGGAGAAAUCAGCAUGGAGCCUCAGUGUGGGAGGAGAGAUAAUUGCAAACGAAGCUCCGAAAUUCCCUCACAGACGUCUACGAUGAAGAUCCAGGAGACGCAGAGCGAUUUGGGGAGGGUGGACGGCUGCGAAGAGGUUCCCCGGCUGGAUCUGUCCACCCUGAUGGAGGAGAGCCACUGGGGAGAUUCACCCUUCUUUACUGUCCCUUUCCUUGAUUUCAAAAGUAUUUGCCAGCUGAGCUGGUAUGAGGCAGAUCCUGUGCCGGCCUACUCGUCCUGGCAGAGGGAGAGCAUGGACCGGGAGGAGGCCCGCCUGUCUCCACACACCGGAGGCGGCCGGCUGAUCCGCCAGCUGUUGGCAGAGGGCAGUGACCCCAUGCUGUCCCCACGCUUCCAAACCUAUGGGCACUGCCCCCAGUACCUAGAGGACACUGAAGUGCCACCCUCCCCUCCAAAUGCCCACUCCUUCAUGAGCCGCCGUCGGAGCUCCUCCCUGGGCUCCUGCGAGGAUGACAGAGGGGAGUUGACGUCUGCCCAGAUCUCCAAGAAGAUCCACACCCUGAAGAAGAAGAUCCGAAAGUACGAGGAGAAGUUUGAGGAGGAGCGAAAGUACAGGCCCUCCCACAGCGACAAGGCAGCCAAUCCAGAAGUGCUGAGAUGGAUGAAUGAACUUUCAAAGCUGCGCAAAGACCUGAAAGAGCACCAGCUGUUGAAGUCUGAGGAGGAUCUUCCUCCACUCACCCGUCAGCGCAGCAACACGCUGCCCAAGAGCUUCGGCUCACAGCUGGAGAGGAAGACCCCGGAGAAAGCUCCCCAGCCGCCCGUGGAGAGCACACUGGAGGCCGUGCAGAAGAAACUUCUGGAGAAGAGGCAGGAGGCUGGCCGUCCGGAGGACAUCAAGGAUAUGACACGGGAACAGAUUGGUGCAGAGAAGGUGGCUCUACAGAAGGCCCUGCUUUAUUAUGAGAGCAUUCAUGGCAGACCGGUCACAAAUGGGGAGAGGCAAGUCAUGAAGCCGCUGUACGAUAGAUACCGACUGGUGAAGCAGAUUCUGUCUAGGGCGUCGGCCAUCCCUGUUAUUGGCUCCCCCUCCAGCAAGCGACGAGGGCCUCUGCUUCAGCCCAUUAUCGAGGGAGUGCCUGCACUCUUCUUCGACAAAGUCAAGGAGGAGGAGGAUGGGUCUGAGGAAGAUGGCGAAGCCAAGACCCAGCUUUCGGUCACGGCCAUACCGGAGUUCAGCAUGCUUGGGUUCCUGGAGCACCUAGAAGAGGAGGCGGAUGGCUUCGUUUCCCCUGUGGAUGAGCUGUCUCCGUCCAAGGGCAGCGCUGACAUGCGUCUCUCCAACCUUCACUCUGCCACCAUGCAGGAGCUCAUGGAGCAGCUGCAGGAGGCACGGGAGGAGAAGAAGCGUCUGCGCAAGAACCUCCGGGAUUUUGAAGACCAGUUUUUCCGGCAAAAUGGAAGAAGCGUCCAGAAGGAAGACCGCUCCCCUCUGGCCGAGGAGUACAGUGAGUACAAGCAUGUGAAGGCCAAGCUCAAGCUCCUUGAGGUUCUCAUCAGCAAAAGAGACUCUGGCAAGGUGAUCUAGGAUGACGAGCAGAAGAACGCAGUCACAGACACAAGUACACUGUAGCCAUAAGCUCGUCCCUGAAAGACGGAGAUUACCAGGGACUUCACACUUCCCACGUGGAUCCAGCGGCCUCAAGGGCUUCCCCCCCCCCCGGAACCAAGGAAUGAUUGGGAAGCAUGGACUAUGUUUCUGAAGGCGAGGCAGACAGCAUGUUCCUGUCCAACAGGACUUUGGAGAACAAAUUUUUAUCUGGAAACGUAUCCAGAUCAAUAUUUUCUGAAGGAAUCGUUAACCACACUGCUUAAGAAAAAUGUAUUUUAUAACUCAUUUAUUUAUUAUAUAUACCCUACAUUUGAUUAUUGGUAUAAGGUACCAAACUGUGGGGAGGAUUUUAAUCAAAUAUUUUUUCUGCAGUGCUGAUGGGGCAGGGGGAAUACCUUAAAACGCCUGUAGUUUAGUGUUAAGAGCGUUGAGAAUCAAAUUCCAGACUGAAUUUACCAGUGAAGAACAUGACACAGGGAGGGCGUCAUGUUUUAGGCCUUUCAAUGUUUUUAAGGACAGAAUCAGCAGGCAAUCUGUUUGCUGAGCUGGUCUGACUAUACGUCUGCUGCUGUUAACGGCUUGCCCUUGUCAAGCCGGACAAACCAGCAUUUCUGCACCGUGUGUUAUUUUGCCGCAGUUACUCUUGGAUAUGGGACAGAAUUUUGUGUGUGCAUACAGGUCCUCUACCCAGAUUUCAGUCCUUAUCUAAUAUCUACUGCCAUGUUGUCCCUUACUGUAUGUUAAGCAUGAGUUACUGCAAUUCUGAAAAAAUGCAGCCCUCUUCACUUAUUUAUUCAUGUCUGUUUUAUCUGCCUGAUUAUGCAAAGGAAACGUUAAGGAAAACAGAGGAUCAUUUGUAAGGUACAAUUACAGCUGUAGCUUCUUGCUGUUGCCGCCCAAAGAUGAUGACGUGGCUCCUCUGUAAAAUAAGGCAAAUGUGCAUAUUUGCUGUAAGCCCCUUGACCUGUAACGCUGAUGACUUCCAGAUAUUGUAGCUCGUGCUGAUGCUGUUAAAAAUCCAUUCUGUUACUGGUGUUCUACAGUUGGCACAGAAUCCUUGCUGCAGAGGUUGUAUGCACGGUGAUUGUAUACUAUAGACACUACACUUAUGCCCCCCCCCCCCAACUCCUUUCCCGCUCUUUUCUCUUCCUGCAGCUGGCUUCUCCUGUCUAAUCAGGGCAAGUACUUUCUUUUUCCCCCAAUGAUGGAAAAUGUGGGACUUUUUCUGAAAGUGAACACUGGUGUAAUGAACAUGGGUGUGUACAUUUUAGUACAUAAUUGUAUUUGUAUUUUGUACAUAUUAUAUAAAGAACCUAUUUUUACUUGA